AUGCUGAUACUCCAUCUACUUGGGCACUUGGCGGCCCAAGCGACUGCUUCUCAGUGGUUUUUGCAGCCGACAACGAAUAUCGCGAAAAAUGGAAGUGAAGAAACACGAGUCCAUUGCUCGACAAAGUCAAAAGCUAACCAGGUCACGUGGUUCUUCCAGCCUGCCGAUGACUUCAACUGGAUCACGGUCAAAGCCUUCCCCAGCCAGGAUUACGUAACGAUCUACGACAAGUACACAAGAUACAGUGUCAACGAGGGCCUCACAUCCGUCGAUAAUCAAAUGGUUUACGCUUACGAUCUUGUCAUUUCUCCAGUGGCUUGGGAAGACCGAGGGCGAUGGAAGUGCGAAGUCGAUCUUGGAAAACACGGUCUGCUCACUUCUGCAAUCGGAGAUCUUGAAGUUGAAAUGCCUCUGACUUCUGUUGACUUGGAAACUACUGAUUUCUCCGGAAGCAUCCUCGUUGACAAAGACGACGAUGUUCAAAUCAAAUGCUCUACCUCUGCCACUUUCCCCGCUCCAAACGGAAUUGAAAUUCUCAUCGGAUCCGCCAAACUCAGCAAUAUCCAAAUUCAAGAGCAGCGUUCUGGCUCGCUGACAAAACUCACCGCCAUUGGAAAGUUGACCAACGUGCCUGUUGACUAUCAAAAUCAACGCAUCACAUGCUCUUCAAGCUGGACAGGAACGAUGGACACGGCCGAAUUCAGCGACAUUGCCAGCUUGACGGUCUUCCACGCGCCGGAAUCCCUUUCAAUCGCCGCCAACACCGUUAAAUAUGGACAAUUGCUCGUCGCCACGUGUAAUGAACGCAUCAAAGGAAACCCUACGCCGACGUUCGAGUGGCGCCUGGAUGGGCGAUUUAUGGGCAAUGGAAAAACGUUGGAAGCAAAAGUGUCCGAGAGUGACGACCGCAAAGUGCUUGAAUGCACGGCAAUCCACCAACCGCUCAAAGGAGCAACCCAGCGUGUCAAGACGACAAGCCAAAUCCGCGUUGAAUAUCCUCCUGCUGCGGACUCGCUGCGUGCCCAACAACGCAACUUCGGAGAUGUUGUCGAAGUAACGUGUCAAUCUGGCGCCGCUUUUCCCGCUGUCGACCUCGAAAUAUUGCUCAGUAGUGAGCUCGCCGAAGCGGUAGUGCUGCCACAGGAUCAAAAAGCGCGCCGCGGGGGCUUCCUGACCUCGCGAAAGGUCACCCUUCCGAAAACCGCCGGAAAUCACAAUCAAAAAAUCACCUGUAUCCAGUCCUGGGGCGGUGGCGUAUUCAAACAGUCCGUGGACGAGCUUGUCAAAGUCGAACAUGCCCCGCGAGACGUGCGACUUGUCCUCGAUGACGAAAUCAAAGUCGGCGAAAAUCGAAUUGGUUGCACUGCGGUCGGCGGGUACCCCUCCGUUCUUCCUGAUGACGUCUCAUUCUUCAAAGGCGAUUCACUUCUCAAGACCAAAAAGGAGGCUGAAAACGACUCAGUGUUCACCGUCAUUACUCUCGAUAAAAGCGAUAACGGAGAAGAACUAAGCUGCCAGCUCCGUCAUCCCGACUUGGAAAGCAACCUCAAAGCCACUACUUCCCUUGAAGUCACAUUCUCUCCCGAAAAGCUGAAUAUUCUCAUGGAUAAAGAAAUCUACAACACUGACGACACGAUCAAGUUCACUGUCAAUGUUGGCCCGACCUACCCACUGCCAAAAAUACUUUGUUCAAAGACAAUCUUCUCCGGAGAAUCCAUCGAACUCACUCCUACGUCAUCAAAUCCGUCUCCCGCGCUUCCAUAUGGAUUCACCGUUACUGAAACAUAUGACGUUUUCGCAUCAUUUCUCGACCACGAAGCCAUCCUGUCCUGCACUGUCGCUGACAAAACCGUUGAGCAAACCCUGUCCGUGCUUACUAAACCAACAUUCAUCAACGACAGAGUUUUUGAAGUCAAAGAAGGCGAGGAGGAAUUCAAAAUUAACCUUUUUGAAGUCAUUCGAGCAAAUCCACCUAUCACUGAAGCGAGCUGGCGCCGGGCUGAAGCCAGAUCUCGAUCCUUUGACGCCACAAAUGGAGUUCUUUUACUCAAAAAGAUCACGAAGAACACAGCUGGAGAAUAUUUUAUCGACAGUGGAGAUUCGGGAGCUUCUGGGACAAUUUCCAUCAAUGUCUUGACAGCUCCAGAAAUCACUAUCGAUGGAGUGACUGAGCUUAAAAAGGGAGACAAGUUGACUCUUGAGUGCAUGGCUGAAGGUUAUCCAACACCUGAAAUUGAGUGGAUCAACAAACUCGGCGAGAAAAUUGAUUCUGACGGAAUUCUCAUCGUCGAUGAAAUUUCAAAACCAUCUGAAUUCACCUGCAAAGCUUCCAACUCCCACUCAACUCGAUCUGUUACAACUCAAGUAACCGUUGCUUUUGCUCCAAAAGUAAGCGCUGUUGAACCCCGAGUCCUUGUUGUCUCCGAAGAAAAUGACAGCAUCGUUCGAAUCAGCUGUGCUGUCCUAGCCGAGCCUCCAGUGUCAUCUCUACGAUUUAUCUCACCAAGCGGAAUUGCAUCGUUUGGACACUUUGACGGUGAAGUCUGGUCGCGAGACUUGGACAGAAUGAGUUUGAUGAACAAUUUCGGUGCAUGGACUUGCGUCGGCGAAAACGAUUAUGGAAAGUCGCAGGCUGAAAUUACUGUUGUAAAAGCUGGCGCUCCAGAUAAAGUUGAAAACCUUCGACUAAACGAUCAUUCUGGAAGCUCGGGCAUCCUGACUUGGACCAGUGGAUUCGACAAUGGAUACGAACAGAAAUUCAGAGUUCAACUCAAAUCUGCUGAUCGAAUUGAAAAAUUCUCAACCGUGCGAACUGAAGUGCCACUCAUGAAUCUUACAGCGCAAGAAUACACUGCUACAGUUUGGGCAGUAAAUGAGAAGGGCAGUUCUAUUCCAGUUGAACUCAGCUUCAAUGCUUCCCCACAGGCUUUGACUGGAAGUGUUUAUGCAAUGUCCUACGCUCUUGGAUUCAUCCUUGUCUUCGCUCUGAUCGUCGUUGCGAUUUUCUUGUACAAGGGUCAUCGACAAAGAGGACUCAAAUAUCCAACCAAGCCAAACCAAUCCGAUACAGAUCGCUCAAGUCUGCCAGAAUCCGAAGCGCUUGUAAAACCGACAAGCAUCGCCGGGGGAAACAUCUUCGAAAUUAACCCUGAUGAUCUCAGCCCUCCACUUGACUCAAGAUCCGACUCUGACCAUAUGUUGAGAUUUUACUCCUUGACGAAAGAACAGUCUCAAAACGGAAUCCUCGUCGAUCAUUUUGGAAACCCAGACCAGCUUGAUUACAAUUUCCUGCCAAAAGCACCUGCUUCUGAAGCUAACUGCCGCCACCACCAGCUUGUUAUUACCGAUAGAAGCUAUACGACAUUACCAAAGCUCUUAGCCGAUACAACAAGUGGCUACUGCAGCUCAAACUCAUCCAACUCGAACCAAAUGAGACGAUCUCAAAGCUACCAAAGCCGCAGAAGCAGAAUCAAAUCAUCAGAAGGCGUACUUGUUUAA